UACGCUCAGGGUAGUCCAGGUAUCCGGGAGGCCUGCGCGGUUCUGCCGGCCCCCAGGCGAGGAGGUUCGUGUUGCUUCCGAUGCCGUGCGUGUAUGUUGUUUGCCACCCCACAGUCGCUCCCGCUGCUCCAACUCCCGCUCCGCAAUGAAGACCUUCCAGGUGACGGCCGCCGUGGCGCUGCUGCUGGUUGGCGCGGCCCCCGCCCAGGCGGCCGCCGACGGCCAGAACCCACUGGGAAAGGUGUUGGAGCUGCUUGACUCCUUGUACGCUAAGGUGGCGUCCGCGGGCGACGCGGAGCAGAAGGCCUUCGUCGAGUACACCAACUGGUGCGACGAUGCAGCGAGCAACAAGCGCAACGAGAUCAAGACCGGUGAGUCGAAGAAGGGCGACCUCGAGGCCUCCAUCGGCAAGCUGAGCAGCGACAUCGCCGUGUCUGAAGGCAAGAUCGAGGAGCUUGUGGCGAGCAUCGCGACCCAGACCAAGGACCUGACCGACGCGACGGUCAUCAGGAAGAAGGAGGCAUCCGAGUUCGCUGCGAACGAGGCAGAGCUGAUGGAUGCGAUCGACACGCUUGGCCGGGCCAUCAGCAUCAUCUCGAAGGAGAUGUCCAAGAACCCUGCGGCGUUCACCCAGGUGGACACCUCGAGCUUCAAGAACCUGAUGAAGGGCCUCACGGCCAUCAUGGAGGCCGCCUCCUUCUCCGCAGCCAGCCAGCAGAGACUGACUGCGCUCGUGCAGGCCAGCCAGAGCUCCGAGAGCGAGGAGGACCCCAUGGGCGCGCCCGCGGCGGUGGUCUACAAGACGCACUCCACCGACAUCCUGGACCUGCUCGAGGACCUCAAGGAGAAGGCCGAGGAGGACCUGGCGGCCCUGCGCAAGGCCGAGACCAACACGAAGCAGAACUUCGAGAUGCUUGAGCAGUCUCUCACCGAUGCGAACACAAACGACAACAAAGACAUGGCGGACGAGAAGUCGGCCAAGGAAGCAGCGGAGGAGGAGAAGGCGGCGGACACCAAGGACCUCGAGAUGACGGUCAAGGCCCUGGCGGAUGCGAACUCCGUCUUGGAGAGCAUCAAGAACGACUGCAUGCAGGUGGCUGCGGACCACGAGGCGACCGUGGCCGGCCGGAACGCCGAGCUCAAAGCCAUCGCGGACGCCAAGAAGAUCCUGGAGGACACCACCUCCGGGGCCGUGACGCAGAGCUACAGCUUCGCGCAGCUCUCGUCCCGCCGCGCGCAGAUGCGGACGUCCGUGGACCUCAAGAAGGCGGAGGUCAUCACCGCAGUGCAGCAGCUGGCCAGACAGUACCACUCCUCGGCCCUCGCGCAGCUCGCAUCGCGCAUGCAGGCGGUGGUGCGUCUCGGCGCUGCUGCCGGCGAGGACCCCUUCCGUGAUCGGGGGAGGGGCGCGUGGUGCCGGAUCACGGACCUCAUCGCCAAGCUGGAGGCGGAAGCUUCCGCGGCCGCCGAGGAGAAGGCGUACUGCGAUGAUCAGAUCGCCAAGACCGAGGAGAAGAAGAGCGAACUCGAGGAGGACAUCUCCACGCUCACCGCGAAGAUCGACAAGGCCGUGGCGACGUCCACGUCCCUGAAGGCCGACGUGAAGGAACUGCAGGGAGAGCUGGCCGCGCUGGCCAAGCUGCAGGCAGAGAUGGACAAGAUUCGCCGCGAGGAGAACGCAGCGUACACCAAGGCCAAAGCCGAGCUCACCCUCGGGCUGAGGGGCGUCCGCGAUGCGCUCUCCGUGCUGCGAGCUUACUACGGCGGCGCCGCCUCGAUGCUGCAGGGUGGCGCGGACGACGGGCAGCCCGCAAAGCCCAUCCUGCACUCGGCGGCCUCGGGCGCCGGGAGCAGCAUCGUGGGCAUCCUAGAAGUCGUCGAGAGCGACUUCGCGAAGAAUCUGGCGCAGGAGGAGUCCGAGGAAGCUGACUCGCAGGCCGAGUACGACAAGGCCACGCAGGAGAACAAGGUGACCAACACCAUGAAGUCCCAGGACGUUGUGUACAAGACCAAGGAGUUCAAGUCCCUCGACAAGAGCGUCGCGGACAUGACGAGCGACCGCUCGGGCAAGGGCUCACAGCUCAAGGCCGUGCUGGAGUACUACGCCAAGGUGAAGGACCGCUGCAUCGCCAAGCCCGAAAGCUACGAGGAGCGCAAGGCACGCCGCGAGGCCGAAAUUGCGGGGCUCAAGUCGGCGCUGUCGAUCCUGGAGUCGGAGACCUCACUGGUGCAGCUGCACGCAAAGCGGCGCGGCAGCAGGGCCACAUCCCUCAGGGCCGCGUCGCUCUGAGGGCGCCGCGGCGCCCCGCUGCUGUCACAGAAGAGACUCAGUUAGGGGCUUCUGCAACGGAAA